AAGCUGACGGACAGGAAUUCCCUGUUACGUGGAGACAGCUUCCACCCUACACCCCUAAAAAAGAGCCUCCCCAUCAGCCAAUACAGUCGCAUUCGCAGGAUUUGUAGUACACAGACUGUCUGGAUGAGCGUUUCAGACAGUGGGGUUACCGGGAGGAAUGGCUGCAUGACGCAAGGGAUCGUUAUAAAAAUAUGACCCAGGAUGACAGUCUCACGCCCAAACCACCCCGCCCUCCUGACCAAGACGUUCAAUGCUUCCUUCAGUACUCCCCACUUGGUAAACAGUUCAACCCUAUCAUUAAAAAACACUGCAACAUCUUGAGCACUGAUCCACAAUUGGAAAAUACGUUUAAAGAACCUCCACAGGUAUUCUUCAGACGCGCCCCCAACAUUAGUCAAAUGAUGGUGAGAUCUGAUCUUCCACGAAGCACCUUCCUAGACAAUGUGCCG